GGACGCCAGCGGUGGUGGGUGGACGCUCCAAUCGGAAUCGCGUCGUUGGGAUGGGCUGUCUUCUUGACGUGGUUGCAGGCGUCUUCAACCGUGGCGGCAUACGUGCACGGAGGUGGGCGGCGGUGGACGUCGUUUUUUGUCUACGAGGGACGUGAUGGACGGCUGCGAUGGCGAUGGACCUGCUGUGCUGUCGACGACGGAGAAGACAGCAGUCGCGGCGGCUGCGGUUGCCGUUGUCCGUCGUUUUCAAAUCGAGAGUGCGGCCGGGCGCAUGAAGGCAGCGCUUUCGAGGCGGCGGCAGAGGCUACUGCUGCAAAGGGUGUUGGACGCCCCAGACUGCAUCACCACAUCCCAAGCCGUGGUUCAGCUGUGUGCUGCUAUCGGGUGCGUUUUGCUUCCUCGGGCGACGCCACGUUGGUGGAUGCGGCGGAGAGCUGGCAGGACUUGGGAGGAUUUACGGGUUUGCAAUGACGCGACAGAGGACUACUUCCGGGAAAAGCUCCACAUGUCGAGGAGAGUGUUCAUGGAGAUCAGCGAAGCAUGUGCGCCUCAUGUGCAGCGGCAGGUGACGUUUUACAGGGAGUCACUACAGCCGGAGCAGAUCAACACAUACGCGCUGACUUCCGGAGUUCGAGCCGUGUGCGAUGUGACAGCCGCCAUUUUGAGGGUGUACGGGGAGAAGAUAUCGUGGGCGACGGGGGUGCGGAAACAAGUCGUCCUACGGGCUUUUCUGGACAAGGGCUUUCCAAAUUGCCAUGGCGCAGUUGACUGCACACACAUCUACGUGGAAAAACCGGCGAACACGCCUAGCGAGAACCACUUCGACCGCAAGCACCGUUUUUCCGUCAUUGCGCAGGUUGUGGUGGACCUGGAUCUGCGCGUCCUUGAUGUGUUCGUGGGAUAUCCGGGUAGCUGCCACGACAUUAGGGUGAUCCAGCUGUCAAGUCUGUUGAGGCGCGCGGUAGAGGGAUUGCUGUUUCGUGGGCCGCCUGUGACGCUGCCGGGAGGGGUGACGACGAACGGAUACAUCUUGGGCGACAACGGGUAUCCUCCUUCUGAGUGGGUUGUGGUGCCGUACGGAGGAAUCAAUCAGCACCCGGAUGAGGAAAGGUUCGGUACGAAACAGAAGGUCGCAAGAGGGGCUGUGGAGAGGGCAUUCGGGAGGUUGAAAGGGAUGUGGAGGCUCUUCCUGCGGACGCACAUGACGAACCUCGAGAGUCUGCCGCAGCAGUUCACGGCGGUAUGCAUUCUCCACAACAUCCUGCUCGAUGCAGGAAUCGAGUUCGACGAGAAUUUGUUGUGGGAGGUCGACGCGAACGGGGUGAGGCGGCGAGUGGACCUAGGGAUUCAUCGCCCCCCGCAGCCAGUGUCCAUGUUGACUUCGACGCACGAGGCUCAUGCGCUCCGCAAUGCACUGGCGCAACGGAUGAAACACGUUUGAUCCACCCAACCGCCUACCUGUUCGUCUCGUUGAAGUCAUGCCGUCGCGGUCGGAUUCUUUUCAGGUGUUUGUUCUUGUAUUCGAUGAC